UUCAAGUUCAAGGAGCGCGAGGCGUUACGGUUUGGUUUUACUAGAGUUUGUAUAUAGAGAGGAGUUGGACACUCGUCACGACGUUGAGGACAAGUGGAAAUGUGUCUUUGUUUAAUUGUAACAUUGAAUGUCCUCAAUGAAAACUAAUACAUCGUUUUAGACGUCACCUGGAUUUGUUCCCAGUGGGAGCCCGCAGGUUAGGCAGCUAAUCCCAUGGGAUAACUAGUUGGUUUAAUCCGAGUUAGUUAACCCCUUCACAUUUCUCCAGCACACGAGUCGAGGAGGGGGAGGAGUGUCCUACUCCCAACGUCCGUCAGCAGAAAAACUUCAAGGUUUCCGCUCAACAAGUCACCAAAACUCUCGGCCUGGUCGAUGGACACCUCUCCAAGACCGCAAGGAUGACUUAACUUCACUUAAAGUGCACGUUCAUCGCGUCUCAAGGAAUGCGCACUUUACUUGAAGUCGUCAACGGAAACGUGGCGAGGCUGCUGAAAUAAAAAGAAGCGGUCACGUCACUCGGGCAGUAACGUUAGGUGUCAGCGGAGUGCAGCUCCUCGGGGCAUGAACGUGCGCACCGAGGAAGGAAGGAAGGACGCGACACGAUGGCACAGUGCGGAAGAAGGAAUCGACCUAAAUUGCUUUUGUUCAUCUUUGGCGUCACUCUAGUGGGAUACCUGAUCUUUUUCCGACACACUCGGGGGGACGUGAACGCGACGAAUCGACGAGAGGCCCCCGCAGAGCGAGAGGUGAGCAACGAGGAGCUGAAGAAACCCGUCUACGAGAGGCCCCCCUUCGAUGCGCAUGCCCUGGGGGAAAUGGGGAGAGCCGUCAAACUAAAUCUGGACCAAGAGGAGAGAAAAGAGCAGGAAAGCAUCAAUAAACAUCAGAUCAACACUUAUGUCAGUGAUAAAUUGUCGUUACACCGGAAGCUGCCAGAGAGAUGGAACCCGCUUUGCAGAGAGCUGAGGUACGACUACCGGUCGCUGCCCACGACCUCCGUGGUCAUCGCCUUCUACAACGAGGCCUGGUCCACCCUGCUGAGGACGGUGCACAGUGUGCUGGAGACGUCGCCCGACAUCCUGCUGAAAGAGUUGGUGCUGGUGGACGACUACAGCGAUAGAGCUCAUCUGAAGGAGCCACUGGAGAGGUACAUCUCAGGUUUGAGGAAGGUGCAUCUGAUCCGGGCCACCAAGAGGGAGGGGUUGGUGCGGGCACGGUUGCUAGGGGCGUCUAUUACCACGGGUGAGGUGCUGACCUUCCUGGACUGUCACUGCGAGUGUCAUGAGGGCUGGUUAGAGCCCCUGCUCCACAGGAUCAAGGAGGAGCCGUCGGCUGUGGUGUGUCCCGUUAUCGACGUGAUCGACUGGAACACCUUCCAGUAUUUAGGGAACUCUGGUGAACCCCAGAUUGGGGGGUUUGAUUGGCGGUUGGUCUUUACCUGGCACUCUGUCCCAGAGUAUGAACAGAAACGCCGUCACUCGCCCGUUGAUGUCAUCAGGUCUCCUACUAUGGCAGGUGGUCUGUUUGCUGUGAGCAAGAACUACUUCCAUUACCUGGGGACAUACGACACGGGGAUGGAGGUGUGGGGAGGAGAGAACCUGGAAUUCUCCUUCAGGAUUUGGCAGUGUGGGGGCAGCCUGGAGAUCCACCCGUGCUCCCAUGUGGGUCAUUUGUUCCCUAAAAAGGCCCCUUACUCGCGGAGCAAAGCUCUGGCAAACAGUGUGAGAGCUGCUGAGGUCUGGAUGGAUGAGUACAAAGAGAUCUACUACCAUCGAAACCCCCACGCACGACUGGAGGCCUUUGGAGACGUGUCCGAGCGAAAGAAGCUUAGAGAGAAGCUGGGCUGUAAGAGCUUCAGGUGGUAUCUGGAUAAUAUUUACCCCGAUAUUCACGUCCCAGAGGAUCGGCCAGGCAUGUUUGGAAUGCUGAAGAACCGGGGCAAGACCAGCUACUGCUUUGACUACAACCCUACAGAUGAAAACAAGGUGGUGGGCCAAAGGGUCAUACUGUACUCGUGUCAUGGCAUGGGUCAGAACCAGUUCUUUGAAUUCUCCCCGGACGGUGAGAUCCGCUACAACACGAGGGUUCCUGCUGGGUGCAUUGUGGGCGACAACAUCAGCAGCUACCUGAAUCUCCAGCUGUGUAGAAAACCAGGACAACCUCUACCUGCAGACCAGAAGUUUGUCCUCAGAGAGGAUGGGAGCCUGCACCACACGUUGAGCCAGAAGUGUGUUCAGGCGGUGGAGAAGACGGACAACGGGGUACCAGCCCCCUCACUCCAACCCUGCUCUGACAGCCUCCUCCAGAAGUGGUUCUUUGUGGAGAGAAUGUAACGCUAUCGAACGAGAAUAUCUUUUUCAUUCAGGGCUGAUAUCCCGAGGAGGGAUAUGGGUGGAUUUUGAUAUGUUUACCGUACCCUGAAAGAAAGGGGAAGCUUCCAUGCUCUCUUCCAAAAUUCGACAUUUGCACAUGUUUGUGCUAGCUGGAUAUAAUGAACCAAUAGGAAAUGAUGUAUGAAAUCUGCUUUCUGAAGAAAUUUGAGAAUAUAUAUAUAUAUGGGAAUAUUUUUUCUUGGAUGCUGUUGCUGGGAGACAGGAGCCUACUGAAUAUGUAUUGUUUUGUAAUCAUGGAGAAUCAUUGAGAACCUGCACAUUCUGACAUUUUUCUUGUGUGACAGUUAGCCACUCCGGCACUGGUACGAUCUCUGAGAUCAGUUUAGCUCAUUUGCUUUAUGCAAACGCUGAAACGUGUGGACAUCUGUCUAAAUGCGUUAGCACAUUGUGAAGCAUUUUUAAAAAAAAUUGCGUCUUCGCCUGCAGAGGGUGCCAACACUCCUCUCUGCAAGUUUCUAUCUUUCACUGUGUUCUCUAUUUGUUGAGAGAAAGUGGGACAAAUCUUCAGGUAUUUUGUUCAGAACCUUUUUAGGCCUUUUGAUUGCUUUGUACUCUUGCAUACCAGUGGCUUAGAACCAGCCUUGGAUCCCGGGCAUUAUGCAAGCACCUAGUACCUCACCUAACUGCUGAUAACAGGAGGAACUCCAGUCGGCUUCUGUUCGGCUUUGAAUGUUACCUUUUUAAAGUAAAAUGACAUGGAAUUUAAUAUAUGUUUUACAACAUAGUGUACUUGCUUAUAUUCUGUGCUCUUUGAAUUAUAUAUAUCUUCAGCUGACUUAA